UUCUCCUCGUAGACCCACUUUCCUUCAAUCCAUCAGCUUUUCUUCUUUCAUCUCUGUUUCUGUGCCUCUCCCAUCACUUUCUCUUAUGGCAGCUUUUUCAUACCCUUUUCUUCUCGACUCCUUUUACUUCCCCACCAAACCUUCGUCCUUUAUCAUGGACGAUGGAAACCGCUUCAACUCCGACUCUUUCUCUCAAUUUGACUCACCUCGUCUCCUUUUCCGCCACGAGAGAAGCUGUGUUGUUUCUCAGAGUGAUAACGAGCCAUCGGUGGGUAAAAAACUGAGCACCAGCGGUGGCGGUUCCGCUGUAGUGGUUGGUAAGCUUGAAAACGGAGAGCAAGUCAUUCAGAAGGUGAGACUCGUCGGAAACAGGAAACGGAGGGCCAGAAAUGGGACAACCUUGAAUUCUGCUAAAUCGAAGGAUGCAAAAGGAGGAAAAAACAAGUGCAAUAAUAGCAUGGAAAUUGAAAAGAAAUCUCCUCAAGAUCCUCCAGCAGGUUUCAUUCAUGUAAAAGCAAGGAGGGGCCAAGCAACUGACAAUCACAGUCUAGCAGAAAGGGUAAGAAGAAAGAAGAUCAGUGAGAGGAUGAAGGUAUUGCAAUGUCUGGUUCCAGGGUGUGAAAAGGUAACAGGAAAGACACUUAUGUUGGAUGAAAUCAUCAACUAUGUUCAGUCCUUGCAAAAUCAAGUAGAGUUUCUGUCAAUGAAGCUUGCUUCUGUGAGUCCCAUGUUCCAUGACUUCGGACUGGACCUGGAAGCUUUAAAUGUGAAACCAGAGAGAGUGAACAGUGAAGUAUCAACAACAGCACUGCCAUGUCUGCAAGAAAGCAACCCCACUCAAGCAUCAGCUUUUGUCGAUUCAACAAUCGCCACCUUUGCCCCAUCUGAUGACUAUCCUCUUCUGGAUGUCUCACCGUCACCUGCUCUUUUACUUCACCAGGGCCAAGCCACCAUUGUCUUCUCUCACCCUCAGGAGUUGGAGGACCAAAGACAAAAAUUUCACAAUUCAUCUGGACUCAACGACAACUUGUGUUCUUUCUAUGAAGUAUUUAAUGCAGUGCGCUGCCCUACAAACAUCUGGUAUAGUACCACAAGCUUGCAGAGAGGAUGAAUCAAAACAAGGCUUAUCUUUUCAAUAAACUAAGCAGCAUAUCUG